AAAUUGUUUGUCACUUCCUCUCGUGACGUCACAGUGUUUGUGUUGAGCGCUGACACACUGACAGAUUAGCUACAAACCUGCAGCUGUUUUCAUUUCCUGCAGCCAUCUCAUUUUGGUGCGGUGUCACCCGGUCUGGGUGAAAUGUCCUUUAGCUCCACAUGAGCUCUACUAUGUGGUACAUCAUGCAGAGUAUUCAGAGCAAAUACUCAUUGUCGGAAAGGCUCAUUCGAACCAUAGCUGCCAUUCGCUCCUUCCCACAUGAUAAUGUGGAAGAUCUUAUACGCAGGGGAGCAGAUGUGAACCGGAUGCAUGGCACGCUGAAGCCACUGCACUGUGCCUGUAUGGUGGCUGAUGCUGAUUGUGUGGAGCUUUUGCUGGAGAAAGGUGCCGAGGUAAAUGCCUUGGAUGGCUACAACCGCACUGCCCUGCAUUACGCAGCGGAGAAGGACGAGGGUUGUGUGGAGCUGCUUCUAGAAUACGGGGCCCAGCCGAAUGCUCUGGAUGGCAACAAGGAUACCCCACUGCACUGGGCCGCCUUCAAAGAUAACCCCGAGUGUGUACGGGCCCUGUUAGAGAGUGGCGCGUGCCCGAAUGUCCGCGAUUACAAUAACGACACACCCCUCAGUUGGGCGGCCAUGAAGGGCAACCUGGAGAGCGUCCGUGUGCUGCUGGAGUAUGGCGCUCAAGUCCACGUCACCAACCUAAAGGGCCAGACGCCCAUCUCGCGGCUGGUGGCGCUGCUGGCUCGGGGCCUGGGCACGGAACAGGAGGAAGAGUGCCUGGAGCUGCUUUGCCGCGCCGCGGGGAGGUUCGAGAUCCGCAGGGCCGACGGCUCUUUACCGCGUGAGCUCAGUAAAGAUCCUCAGUUACUGGCUCGACUCACUAGCCUCGUAGCCCAGCCGCCCUCGUUGCGAGCCUUGGCGCGCUGCGCCAUUCGUAACAGCCUGGGAGUUCAGUACCUCCCAUCUGCGGUGAAACAGCUCCCGCUUCCAGAGUCAGUGAAAGAAUAUGUGCUCCUCAGAGACUGAGCGAGGAGACUGUGCUUAAUGUCAGACGUGGAGGAGGUAGAUGUCUUCUGUGUACGUGAACGUGAUUGUAAUCAGACUGCAAUCUGAAGUGUGUCUGUCCAUAUACAGUGGGUGAAGAAGUGAGGAAGUUUCAUGUUUCUUUUGUUGCUGUAAUGCCAUCAAACAAAUUCAGACUUGGGUUGCAGUACGAUUGUCCGCUUUGGUGAGGAAAAAUAUUGAUCUGGUAGGAGAGAGAUGUCGAUAAUGCACUUAUGAACCCAUAAUGUUAAAAUAUCAGUAGAUAACUAUGUGUGAAACACUCUUAAUAGCAAAAACAAGAAAAUCAUUACAAAUAUUAUUUACCAGUAAAUCCUAUGUACACACAAAUAACACUUUAACAGCACUUAUAAGUUAUAAUUAUAUGUUAACUUUAUUUCUUCUAUUUGAAGUUAACGUUUUUAUUUAUGCAGUAAUAGUUUUUUUUAAGACAACUAAAACCUUAAAAUUUUUAAGUCAAAUAAAUAUUAACAUUUUUGUUGAAUCAUUUUAUGAGGCUUCCCAGCCAUCAAAAAUAAGCCUGAAAAUAUGGGUGAAAUUUUGCAAAGAAUAUAGUAAAUUUGCCUCAAAGAAACCUUGUUUUACAUUUGUUUACUAUUCUGAAACAGAACAAUGUAAGAACACUUCAUUGGAUUUCAAAACAAUAUCUAUUUCUGUCCAUCUAUCACAUUCGUAAUCAUGAAUAUUUCUCUUGAAAACUACCUGGUUUAGAGUCUUGGAUUGUAUUACUUAUUUUGGUGCUGAUGAUUGCAGAAAAUGAGCUGUAUUUACGUUUGAGAUGAAAACAUAGCAAACCUUAACAAGAAUAUUCUGUGUCAGUAAUGGGAAUGUUCAUUUUUUAGCUUCGCAGUGUCAUGUAAGCAUAAUCAUUCCAAACGCUGGCAGACCAUGAAUGGGAUGUCUUAAAUGAAUUCAUGUCAACACUAGUGUCACAUCUUGUGAACCCCCACUGAUUUUUUGCAGCUCUGUUUUCAUUUCUCUGUUGUUAUAUUGCUUGAUUAAGUAUGUAGUGCUCACAUCUAGUUUUAUGCAUGCAUACUAACCAGUAAAAGCCUCCAUGCAUUGUUCAAGUGUUUUACUGCAGUUUUUUUCUUCAAACCAAGUGAAACGUGAACGUGAUUAUGAACACAUCAUUUGCCUUCUCAAUGGCUUGAAACCUCAGAUGAGCUAUGUGUGUAUAAUUUUAACCAGUAGAGGGUGCUGGAAUACCACAUGAUAUAAAACAGUCAGCUAA